CAGCAGCAGCAGCAGUGGUCCGGAGGCGGAGGCGGGGUUCCGGGUGCCGCAUCACUGGUUCACGCCCUUUCGGAACGUCAACGCGCUGUUGAAGGUUGCUUUGCCCGGGAUCCGGAAUAAUAGGAUAGGUCACUUGUAUAAACCGGAGCGGCGAACCUCGGAGCAGCAGAAGGAGACGUUGGGGCCAGCAAGGCCGGGGAUGUUUGAUUUCCUCCUGGAAGACCUCGACGAAGACAAGACGGAGCCAGAGACGGUGGAAGCGUAUCGAAUCGCCGUCGAUAGUCUCGAUAAGAUCGAGAGAUCGGCUUUGCAGCGUGAUCUGCUGCGGUUUCCCGCGCAUGUGCCGCCGAGACUCGUAGAGUUGCUGGAGGCGCAGGAUCCGAGGACGCUGGCUAUCGUGGGGUACUUUUUCAUGCUAUUGAGGAGGGCGACGCAUCUCUGGUGGGCUCAGGGGGCGGCUGAGAAGGAGUUUGAUGGGGUGAUGAGUUUCUUGCCGAGGGAGUGGUGGGCGAAGAUGGCGUGGGCUAUUAAGGAGUUUGACUGGACUGAGAGUUGAUGAGUUAGCAUAGGACUCUUGUUCUUUGUAGCGAUUGUAUGUUUAGGUUGAUGGGGUGGACGUGGGAUCGUUUUUGCUUUCUACAUGGCGCUAAGGUGGUUAACCUUUCUACUCGGAUCCAUACUCGGGAUCGUCACAGGGUUGAUGCCAAUCUUGGCUAGACUCAUAAGCAGAAAGUUGUGGUGAAGGAUUUGGAUUACGGGGACAGUAAGCGAUCUAUCUCUCGUGCGUGGAAUCUAGCAACCCUUCCAUCUACAUAGCUCUGCCCCCUCUGGAGAACCUCACCACCAUACAGCAACUGACGAUGCCAAGUAGCUUCUCUCACCAGAAACACCA